UCCUCUCUGCACUAUGACGACCCAAACUCGGAUUGUACCAUCUCUGAACCUCCCCAUCCCAACCUCUGCUCCUCGCUUGUGAGAUGGGUCCUACAUUUUAACCAUUUUACAACUAUUACCUCUCCAAAAUGGACAACAUGUUUCUUUUUGCAUUUUCUCUUGCGUUGUUUAUCCAUAAUGGGAUUUGCCAGCAUUACUUCCUCCUCCGCCCGAUUCCGAGUGACAGCUUACCUCUAGUGGAGCUUAAGGAAGACCCGGACCCCAUUUUCGACCCCAAAGAACGGGACUUUAACGAAACCGAACUCCGCAGCACCUUGGGAGAUUUCGACGCCCGAUUUCUAUCAGUUUUCCCUCCGACUUCGGAAGGAUACAACGCCAACGAUGACUUCCAGGACAUCCAGAAACCGAGCGGGAUUUUGCCCAAAGAAAUCCGCGCGGUGGAUUUCGACGUGCAUUUGGGCAAAAAGCAGAAAGCGAAUAAGAAGUUGAAGAGGCGCUUGCAGCAGUGGUUGUGGGCGUAUUCGUUUUGUCCGGUGGUCUACACGUGGACGGAUCUCGGGACCCGGUUUUGGCCCAGGUUCGUACGGGUGGGGAGCUGCCUAAACAAGCGCUCCUGUUCGGUACCGGAAGGAAUGCAAUGCAAACCAUCGAAUUCAACGCACCUCACGGUUUUAAGGUGGAGAUGCGUUCACCGGAAAGGAGGAAUCAAGUGCGCCUGGAUCCCGGUACAGUACCCCAUCAUAACGGACUGCAAAUGCUCCUGCGCCAGCUAAAGACUAAAUAUUUGGACUUUCUACAAAUGAAAGAAAAGCUGGCGUUCGUUGGAGGUGUCUGACAUCGACUGCUGUGUUCACUGCAAAAACAUGAAAAUCGUUGAGUUACGGUGACUUGAAUUGACUAGUUAAAAUCGGUUUAUGAAAACGACAAAAGUUUCGGGAAAGUUCAUCAUGGAAACGCGUUCGAUAAACCAGGUAAUAUAACUGGAUUCGUCUUAACUAGUCAAGACAAAACAUAAC